AUGAGAGGUGUUGUCAAACCGGCUAUCGAUGAUUCGGCCUUCGAGACUUUGAAAAGGGAGUACAGCGAUGUCGUCAGGGAAUUAAUUAACAACCCUGAACUGACGAAAUUUCGCGAAGAAUAUGAAAAGAUUAUGCGAGCUCUGGAAAAAUCGCAUGAAAGCGAGAAGAGGUUAAUGAGAAAGUGUCGAGAGCUGAAGGCUGACAUCGUUUCCAACAAAGUCAAGGUAACCCAGGCGGAGCAACUUACGAGUGAAGAUCCCACCAACAUGAUCGCGCUCAAGAAAGAACUCGAAAAGGCAUGGGCCCUAGUUUCAAUUGCUAAUGAAAAAGAAUGUAAGGCGAGGGACAGAAUCAAAGUUUUAAAAGAAGAAAUCGCUACGCUUGGAAAGAUUAUUGAAACGGGGUCUGGCGGUGUCGUCGGCGCCGAUACGCUUAACGAGUUGACAAAGGCGAAGGAGAAGCUAACCAAGGAGGCAGCCGAUCAAGCGAUCGAGAAUGUAAAACUAAAAAAGGAGCUUGAAGCUACUAAAGUCCAGAUCGCUAAUCUUCAGGGCGACAUACUCACCGCUCAAUCAAAAAUUACUGAACUAAGCCAAGACAUUCAGGUACUUUUAAUGCUGUUUUUAAUCCCUCAUAUUCAUUUCGUUGUAACGCGCAGUAUGCCUCAUUUCUGGUGUACGAAUGUGUUUUAUAAUUCAGUUCUCCCAUUAAUAAACUCGGUUGAACCGUCGAUGCUUAUUUUCAGAUAA